UUUAAGGCGUUUUUUCGCGAGAUACCCGGUCUUAUAUGAUAUAACCGAUCGGUUAUUAGCGUUCACUGUGACCGUUGUAUGUCGCGAAAAUGGGACGGUUAUUCAUGUGGUUUCAACAUAGUCAGCUGAUCGAUUUUAGGUUAGAAAUACUUCAUAAUGGAGCCAGUUCUCUUAUUAAAUCAUUAUUUAAAGUUUUAUAUUGACAUGAUGUGGGAGACUGAGCACUCUCAGAUAAUGACAAACUAUAUACAUACUUACCGCAAUAAGGCCACAAAAAUUGUUGGGUUACUCAGACAUCGGAAUAAACAUGCAAAGCAAAACGUUAAUCACAAUGUGUGGUUGCACCAGUACCACGAGCAUGUGUUUUUUCAAUUGUUUCGUCUGAGAAAAAAUACAUUUUAUAUUCUACUCCAGGAACUCAUUAAAUAUGAUAGAUUUUGUUUAAUUCGGAAAAAAUAUCGAGGAGGGAAUUACCCAACUGAUCCCGAAAAAUGUCUCCUAAUUUUUUUAUGGUAUUUGGGUCAUCAAGAUACUUUACAUGGUAUUGCUGAUCGUUUUGGUGUAGUAUCUUCAACUGUAAUGAACAUAGUGAAUAUUUUUUUGUACAUCACAAAUUUAUUAAAAACAAAGUAUAUUGUUUGGCCCAAAAAUCAAGAAGAGUUUGAUUACAUUGUCAGUGGAUUCAAGAAUUAUCCAGGUGUUGUGGGUGCAGUUGACGGUUGCCAUAUAAAUGUAACAGUUCCUGAAUCACAGCACGAAAGCUAUGCUGAUCGAUACCAGCAGCACUCUAUCAACUUGAUGGGAAUUUGUUCCUCUGGAAAAAUUUUCACCUAUGUUUUUAUAGGAUAUCCCGGCUCGGCCCACGAUUCUAGAGUCUUUUCUGCGUCGCCAUUGGUGUCCUACAUUCAACGAUAUGGAUCACAGAAGUUCUUUCCUACUCCAGAACAUCAUUUAAUAGGAGAUAGCGCUUUUCCUUUAAAGCAGUGGAUAAUGACUCCAUUUAAAAAACAUAAUAAUCUGAGCAGCAUAGAGAAAAGGCACAAUUAUUUAUUAAGUGCUGAUCGCGUCUGCAUUGAAAAUGCUUUCGGUAUUCUAAAGGGGAGAUUUCGGCGCUUAAAAUUUAUUAAUUGCUAUUCCAUAAGCAAAUCUGUAGAAAUUAUAAGUGCUUCAUGUGUUCUACACAAUUUUUGCUACAUAAACCACGACAAAUGGACAACAGAGUUUGAAGAUAAUAAACAAACGAUUGAGGACGGUGUGCUGCACAGGGAUUUUGAUAGACAACAGUUUGCCUUAGGAAAAGAAAAACGAGGACGCAUAGCAAAUAUUUUAUCAAAUAAUGUAAUAUAAAAACGAUUGAUUAUAAUAAAAAAAGAUAAAAAAUAA